UGGAAACAAUAACAGUGUUCGGAUGCAAGUCGUGAUCGCAUGGUCGCCGAUAAAAUAGGAACAGCAUGAAAGUUUAUAUUGUGUUGUUGGCCAUCCUAGGCCUGGCAGCGGUCAAAGGAAUAGAAAAUCGCGAAACAAAACAUGUCGACAAAGAUUUUUUGGCCAAACAGAAAUUUUUGCUCGAAAUUGUGUAUCGAAUUGAAGAUCCCCUAGUGUUCGAUGAAUAUAUCAAACUGGGCCAGAGUUUUGAGUUUAACACAGAUGAUUACAAUUUCCCACAAUAUGAUAGCGAAUUCAUGGAGAAAUACUACAAGGCGUACAACUACGGCAUAACCCUGCCCAAAAGAGAAUUCUUCGGAGCUCUAAACUACGAUCACUUUGAGGAAAUGUAUGGCUUAUUCCAAUUCUUUUACUAUGCCAAAAAUUGGGAAAUAUUUCAACGCAAUGUCUGCUGGGCUCGCUUAUAUGCCAAUGAAGGCAUCUUUGCGCAGGCCCUGACUUUGGCCAUAAUGCAUCGUGACGAUUUCAAAGGUUUGGUACUACCGGCCAUUUAUGAGAUUUUCCCCCAAUACUUCUUCAACAGUAAAUUCAUUUAUGAAGCGGAGAAAUUUGAUUUCGAUGUCUGGAGCAACUACAUUAUGUACGAGAAACAAUACAAGGACUUCCUUUACAAGGACUAUGCCAAAUAUUUCAAGGAAUACAAGAACCAUUACAAUUAUUUCUAUACCAAAGAUUGGAAAAUGUGGCAAUGGUGGAAACUUAUGGGAUUGGCUGAAUAUGGGUAUCCCGAAGAACGUUUCAUUAUGCGUGAUAAUUCGCAUCUCUUCUUAAAGGACUCAAAAUAUGCCGACAUGAUGAAGGAUGUGAAAAUGUUCUAUAUGCCUGUUGAUUACACCCGUGACAUUUACUUUUACAACAAGGAAUCGGAGUUAUCCUAUUUUACCGAAGACGUUGAAUGGAAUGCUUUCUGGUAUUACUUCAAUCUGCAGUAUGCUCCAUUCAUGAACUCUGAAAUGUUUGCUCUAAACAAGGCACGCCGUGGUGGUGAAUAUUUUUACUUUGUCAUACGUCAAAAAUUGGCACGCUACUACUUGGAGCGCUUGUCGCAUGGCUUUGGUGAAAUUCCCGAAUUUUACUUCUUCAAGGAAAUAAAGCACGGCUACGAUCCUCAAUUGAUUAGCUACAAUGGUGUCGGCUAUUCAUAUCGGAAGAACUACUACGAAUUUGAGAGUUAUGGCAACUUUGAAUAUCUUUACAAAGUUCUCGGAUUCUUUAAACGCAUUGAUAAUAUCCUAAAUCAGGGAUAUUUUGUGCUCUCUGAUGGCACCAAACUUGAUAUGCGCAAACCUGAAGCCAUUGAAUAUCUUGGUGACAUAAUGCAAGGAAAUGUUGAGAGCUAUGAUAAAUAUUUUGCCACAUUCUGGUACAUGUAUGCCCAUAUGUAUUUUGGAAAUGUCGACCAUAAAUCAGAUCAUGUCUAUCCGCAUGUGUUUUUGAAUUACGAAACCAUGGCUCGAGAUCCAUUCUUUUAUAUGUUUUAUAAAACGAUAACCAAUGUCUUCAAUGAAUUUUAUGGACACAUCAAGCCUUACAGUUACAAGGAGUUGUAUUUACCCGGUGUUACUAUAGAGAAUGUCCAAAUAAGCGAUUUGGUAACCUACUUUGAUUUAGUCGAUUUUGAUGUAACAAAUUUGUUGAAUGGCAAGACAACGUUCAUGGAUGGAACGUUUGUGUGGAAUCAAACAUUGCUGGCUCGUCAGGGCCGACUGAAUCAUAAAAAUUUCAAAUUUGAUUUUACCAUAAAAUCGGACAAGCAUCAAAAAGUUGUUAUUCGAGCUUUUCUAGGUCCGAAAUAUGAUGAGUUUGGUCGUGUAAUUUCGCUGAAGGCCAACCGCCACAACUUCAUUGCAAUUGACAGCUUCUACUAUGAACUGAAUGCGGGUGUCAAUCACAUUCAACGAAGUUCCAAGGAAUUCUACUGGACUGCUGAUGAUCGUCUAACUUACACGGAACUCUACAAAUAUGUCAUGUCUGCAUACAACGGCGAUUUUAAAUAUCCCAUAGACUUCAUUGAAUCUCGUUGUCGAUUCCCCGAUCGAUUAAUAAUACCAAAAGGUUGGGCCAAGGGCAUGCCGAUGCAGUUUUUCUUUUUUGUUUAUCCUUAUACAGCCUCGUACGAAUCGACGGAGGACUACAGCUACACUUGCAGCGGUGAAUACUUUAUCAACAAUAUUAAUGAGAUGGCCUUUGGAUUCCCACUCGAUCGCGAAAUCAAUGAAUAUGAAUUCUUUGUGCCAAAUAUGUAUUUCAAGGAUGUGAAAAUUUACCACAAGGAUAAUUUUGACAAAUACUACGGAAAUAAAUAUGAUAAAUUUGGAGCAUUUGAUUAUAAUUAUUAUUACAAUUAUUAAUCAGGAUCAUUAUUUCUGUAAAUAAAUGUGUGUGAAUGUAAUAAAAUGUUUUUUU